AUGCUCAAGAUCUGGAUGACGCUCGAGGCGAGACAGUUUGUCAACGCAUCCGUGCACGACGUAAGUACCAACACCGGCCCUACUAACCAACCAGGUUUACCGUCUGGUCAAGAGCGACGGCCUCUGUCCGGAUUACUAGAAUUUGGUAGCAAAGAAAAGAGCACAUGCGGUGUGAGGUGUAUAUUGUGUAGCCAGCCGGUGGGAGGCGUGCCGCUGCUCACGUGGAGAAGUAGUCAUAUAAAUCUCAGGUACGCUAGGGAAUUAUAG